AUGGGUUCAGCUUCAGCAUCUUAUUCCUUUACCAUUAGUGUGUUAUUCCUCGUUUUUGUGUACUUGUCAUGUUUCGUAAACAACCUUAAUGCAAAGCAUAGUCACAACCAUCACAAGCCCCAAUAUACUCAGAAUCCUCCCUUGAACUCAAGACUUCACAUGGCCUUUCUUGGCCUCCAAGCAUGGAAGCAAGUGAUCUACUCAGACCCAAAUAACUUCACUGCCAAUUGGGUAGGUCCUUCAGUUUGCAACUACACAGGUGUGUACUGUGGCCCCUCACUUGAUGAUCCUGAAGUGAGAGUUGUGGCUGGCAUUGACCUUAACUUUGGAGACAUAGCAGGGUUUCUACCCGAUGAAAUAGGCCUUCUGUCAGACCUUGCACUGCUUCACCUUAGUAACAACCGCUUCUGUGGCAUCCUCCCAAUGUCCUUAACCAACCUUACUUUACUCUAUGAGCUUGAUCUAAGCAGCAACCGGUUUGUUGGACCCUUUCCUCUGGUUGUACUGUCCCUUCCUAAACUCAACUACCUUGACCUCCGCUUCAAUGAAUUUGAAGGUCAAUUGCCUCCUCAACUCUUCAACAAAACCUUUGAUGCCAUUUUCGUCAACAACAACCGCUUCAGCAGUUCUAUUCCUCCAAACUUAGGCAAAAGCUCAGCUUCUGUCAUGGUCUUUGCCAACAACAAAUUUGGAGGGUGUCUCCCAGAAAGCAUAGUAAACUUUGCUGACACUUUGGAGGAGCUUGUGCUAAUCAACACCAGUUUGUCAGGUUGUUUGCCACAGCAAGUGGGGUUUCUCUACAAACUGAGAGUGUUGGAUGUGAGUUUCAACAGCAUUGUUGGCCCCAUACCUUAUAGCCUUGCAGGGUUGAAUCACUUGGAGCAACUAAACUUGGCACACAACAUGAUGAGUGGCACUGUCCCUAUGGGGGUUUGUGAGUUGCCAAACUUGGAAAACUUCACUUUCUCUUACAACUUCUUCUGUGAGGAAGAGGGUAUUUGUCAGAACUUGACAUCAAAGAGAAUAGCCUUUGAUGACAGAAGGAACUGUUUGCCAGAGAAGCCACUGCAGAGGAGCCAAAAGGAAUGCAAUGCCCAACUUGAACACCCAGUUGAUUGCUCUGAGCUUUGCUGUGUUGUGGGGGGCAAUGUCUCUGCUGGUUCAGUGGCUGUUCCACCUGCUGCUAUUCCUGCAGCAAUGCCUAUGUCUGCACCUCUUCUUGCGCCAAGCCACUCUUAA